AUGUUGCAUAAUAAAAAAACAAAUCCUACUAAACUUUUGACUGAAAAAACGUCACUAAAGAAUAAAUUAAGUGAAUCCGGUAGCUAUAACAAUUCAGAUGAAACAAAAGAAAAUAUAAAAGAGUUGAGGGAAGAGUUUAUUGCAAAGGUGGAGAGAAAAGGUGCAAAAGAAGCAGAACAUCACACGAAAGAGGAAAAAAGCGAAGGAGAUAAUAGCACAUUGAUUGAGUGUGAAAAAUUGCAAAGAAAAGAACUAGAAGCAUUAAAAUUAAUUUAUGUGAGAGAUAAUGAGUUAACAAUUCAAAAUGAAAAUGAUAAAAAUAAUGACACUGUAAUACACAUGCUUUUAAAGGAUGAAAAUAUGAAUGAUAAUGUUAUAAAAUUGAUUUUUGAAUUACCCAAGGAUUAUCCCUUAAAUUCCUUUUUGCUCAUUAAUAUAAAUGUAAAAAAUUUCACACCUGACAUGAACAGUUAUAUCAAUCAGGAAAUAUAUAAAGAAAUGCAAAAUUAUAUAGAGCAAGAAAAUAGCAUCUUAAAUAUCAUUUAUAGAGUAAACGAAUUGGUGGAAAAUAUACAAAAUAAUAACGGAUCCAUUCUUGGCUGUAGUAACUCCUCAUCAGAUGAAAGGGAGGAAAAUACAGGUGGUAUAGAAGAGGGUGAAGAGGAGGAAGUACAGGUGAGGAGAGAUAUGCUAGAAGCACAAACAUCACUAGAUCAUUCAGAAGAACACCUAAUUAAUAACAACUUUGCAUUUCUCUAUUGUAACAAAAUGUCACACUUCCACCACAGAAAAGUAUUAGCUAGACGUCUCUGCUACUCUCAUCACAUCCUUAGUUUAGUAAAAAGAACAUACAUAAUUAAAUGGGCGAAAGAAUUGAAAAUUGGGGGAUAUUCAAAAAUUGGAUACCCAGGCAUAAUUAUAUGUGAAGGAUCAAAAGAUGAAGUAGAUUUUUAUAUUAACAGUUUAAAUAAACUGAGGUGGAAACAUUUCGAUUGUAGAGGAAUGGAAGAUAUUGUCCUAAAUGAGUAUGAUGAUUUGGAUGAUGCUCGAGUUCUUCCAAGGACUAUGUACGAACUAGACUCCAAAGGGAUGAGAACUUUGUCUAAUAUCUGCACUGAAUGUGGUUUACGAGAUCUUUUUUUAACAAGCAUGAAGAUUUACAAAUCUGGGGAAAAAAAUUCCACGGCUGAUCAGGGUAAAAGUGCGAAUAUCAAUAGUAAAGAAAAAAAUAAGAAGAAAAAGAAGAAAUGA